AGCUGGGGCUCUGUGUGAGGGAGCUGGGACGUGGUGCUGAAAGAAGAUAAGUCAGGAGGCAUGAGAGGAGGGCCGCGACCGUAACACACAGCCCGCUCCAGGCCGGAGAGACAGACAAGGGGACAGGGCCUGCCUUGUGAGACCGAGGGCGGGGACCAGGACAAUAGGUAGCGGCGGCUGACCCGCUAGUCGGUGUCGUGGCAGGGCGCGGGGAGCCAGUGGCAGGCGCCCCGGAGGCUGUGGGGGGCACACGUAGAUGACAGCGGGGCAGGUGAGGGGGCUCCGGGUACAUGACAGGACAGCGGCUCUAGGCUUUCACCUGGGACACUAGCAGUGGGGAUCACUCCCGGAGCAGCCCUGCACAAAGACGGUCUCCCUGCUGCCGCCCCAGGGAUGGCACCCCGGAGCCGCCGCUCGUGGCUCAGCGUGCUACUGGGACUGGUGCUCGGCUUCCUCCUAGCCUCCCGGCUCAUCGUGCCCCGGGCCGCCGAGCUACACAGCCGCAAAGGGCUCCGCAGAGCAUUGGGGAGACCGGCGGGAGGAUGCGCAGGGCAGCCCGGGGUCAGGACGGACAUGAAGUGGCGAGAUCUGCAAGCACCGUACAUGGGAUCCCUGGAGCCGGGCAGCGAGCAGGACAUUCCCCGGGACAAGAACUUCCUCUAUGUGGGGGUGAUGACCGCACAGAAGUACCUGCAGACCAGAGCCGUGGCGGCAUACAGAACUUGGUCCCAUUCGAUCCCUGGAAAGGUGGAAUUUUUCUCCAGUGAAGGCUCCGACACAUCCAUACCAAUUCCCGUUGUGGCGCUGCAAGGCGUGGACGACUCUUACCCUCCACAAAAAAAGUCCUUUAUGAUGCUGAAAUACAUGCACGAUCAUUACCUGGAUCAGUACGAGUGGUUCAUGAGAGCCGACGAUGACGUCUAUAUCAAAGGGGAGCGUCUGGAGAGCUUCCUGCGUAACCUCAACAGCAGCGAGCCCUUGUUUCUGGGCCAGACUGGUCUUGGCACAACAGAGGAGAUGGGAAAGCUAGCAUUGGAACCAGGUGAAAAUUUUUGCAUGGGUGGCCCUGGAGUGAUCAUGAGCAGAGAAGUCCUACGCAGGAUGGUGCCCCACAUGGGAGAGUGUCUACGAGAGAUGUACACCACGCACGAAGAUGUCGAGAUUGGCAGAUGUGUACGAAGGUUCGCAGGAGUACAGUGCGUCUGGUCCUAUGAGAUGCAGCAAUUAUUUUAUGAGAAUUAUGAACAAAACAAAAAGGGAUAUAUCCGGGACCUUCGUAACAGCAAGAUUCAUAGAGCCAUCACCCUGCACCCCAAUAAGAAUCCCCCCUACCAGUAUCGUCUACACAGCUACAUGCUGAGCCGUAAGAUUGCAGAGCUACGUUAUCGCACCAUCCAGCUCCACCGGGAAAUUGUUCUCAUGAGCCGAUACAGCAACACAGAAGUUCACAAGGAUGACUUACAGCUGGGAAUGGCUCCCUCUUUUAUGCGAUACCAGCCACGCCAGAGGGAAGAGAUCCUGGAGUGGGAGUUUCUCACUGGCAAGUAUCUGUAUUCUGCCGCAGAUGGACAACCUCCUAGGCGUGGGAUGGACGCUUCACAGAAGGAAGCUCUUGAUGAUCUAGUGAUGCAAGUUAUGGAAAUGAUCAAUGCAAAUGCCAAGACCCGUGGUCGUAUUAUUGACUUUAAAGAGAUUCAGUACGGGUACCGCAGACUCAAUCCUUUGUAUGGGGCAGAGUACGUUUUGGAUUUGCUCCUACUGUACAAAAAGCACAAGGGCAAGAAAAUGACAGUACCUGUGAGGAGACAUGCCUACCUCCAACAGACAUUCAGCAAAAUUCAGUUCAUGGAGCACGACGAGAUUGAUGCUAAAGAGCUGGCUAAUAAAAUAAACCAAGAUUCAGGUUCAUUGUCAUUUCUUUCGAAUUCUCUUAAAAUGUUAGUCCCAUUCCAGCUCACCUCAUCCAAGGCUGAACACAAAGAACCCAAAGAUAAGAAGGUCAACAUUCUGGUACCAUUGUCCGGUCGCUAUGAAAUGUUCAGUAGGUUUAUGGCCAACUUUGAAAAGACUUGCCUCAUUCCCAACCAAAAUGUGAAGCUGGUCAUUUUGCUUUUCAAGUCUGAUGCCAACCCCGACAAGGAAAAACAAGUUGAUCUCAUGAGAGAUUAUCGGGUUAAGUAUCCAAAGGCCGAUAUGCAGAUCUUAUCUGUUACUGGGGAGUUCUCCAGAGCCUUGGCCCUCGAAGUUGGAUCUUCUCAAUUUAGCAAUGACUCUUUGCUCCUCUUUUGUGAUGUUGAUUUGGUAUUCACCACAGAGUUCCUUCAGCGCUGUAGGGCCAACACUAUCCUAGGCCAACAAAUCUAUUUUCCCAUCAUCUUCAGCCAAUAUGACCCUAAGAUUGUCUACGCUGGGAAGGUUCCCAGUGACAACCAUUAUGCGUUUACACAGAAAACAGGUUUCUGGAGGAACUAUGGCUUUGGCAUUACUUGUGUCCAUAAAGGAGACCUCAUUCAUGCUGGAGGAUUUGAUGUUUCUAUUCAGGGAUGGGGUUUGGAGGAUGUGGACCUGUUUAAUAAGGUGGUGCAAGCAGGCCUAAAGACAUUUAGAAGUCAGGAGGUGGGAGUUGUCCACGUACACCAUCCUGUGUUUUGUGACCCCAAUCUUGAUCCCAAACAGUACAAAAUGUGUUUGGGAUCCAAAGCAUCAACUUAUGGUUCUACCCAGCGGCUUGCAGAACUCUGGCUUGAGAAAAAUGACCCUAUGUUUGGUAAAACCAUUCACACAAAUGACUCUGUGAGGACAGCCUAAUAAGCCAGCAUGGCUGGCACGAAAUGAACCUUUUCACCUUUUCAUAGCCAUCUAAUUUAUUUUUUCAAUUUUUUUUUUUUUUUAUAGUUAAGGCAAUAUGGUUUUGUUAAAAUGUUUUUUUAAGAGUUGUUUGUGAAUGAGCGUUUUGGACAUGAUGAAAUGUGAUCAGUAUUUGCCUUUCAACCAUUGCAAUACGACAGCUUGAACAGUUUUCCACUCCAAUCCGUGUACACUUACAUUCCAUGAGCCCUAGUUUUUCUAGAUUCCUCCAGAUUGUAAUGCAAGCAGUAUGAAUAGGAGACCCUGCCCUGUACCUUGGCGAUUGUAUGGUCUGCGUCACUACAGAUCUGUUUGUUUUGUACCUGAUACCUUUAGCAUAGGAGCAAAUACAAAUCCAUAUAGUUUAAAUGUAAGGAUUGUGGCUGGAGAGAGAUCUUUUUUUUAUUUUUUAUUUUACUCACUUAUAUAGCGCUGACAUAUUCCACAGCUCUAUAGACGUUAUCAUCACAUGCUGUCUCCAAUGGAGCUAAGCAAACACGGGAAGAACCUACAAAAUCAAUGCAGAUGUCGUCUUGUGGUCAGAUUAGAAUCUAGGACACCAGUGCUAACCACUGAGCCGCCAUAAAAAAUUAUGUUUGAAACCAGGCAUUCUCAUUUUUAAUACUUUUUUUUUAGGCCUCGUCCACAUCUCUUUUCUUUUAAAUCCAGUAGUCUGGAUUUAGGGGACCAAACUAACAAAAUGACAAUAUUGGCAAAGCCAGGCACCACUGGAUUCCUAUUCACUAUAAUGGGAUCUGGCAGGUUUUCUAGCAUAAAUCCUGGCUCUCUGCUGCAGAAAUACCACUGCAUUUAUGCCAGAAUCCCACCGGAUCCCAGUAUAGCGAAUGCGGCUAUGUCGGAUACGGUAACUCCAUUAGUCUUUUCCUCUGCCGGAACAGACCGGAUUUAUAAAACAUGAGAUGUGAACCUGACCUUAAUAAGUUAGGAUCUAAAUACCAGCUUGGGUGCAAGUUUAGAAUUUUUUUAUUUCUAUAAAAAUGUACACCAAAUAUUUAGAAAUAUGCAAUACUGGGAAUUUUUUUCUAAACCAUUGACUCCAGGUCUGUAGUUUUAUUUUUUUUUUAAAUGUCUUGUCCUAGUUUGUUGAAAAAGCCAUAGCAGUAUUUCUCUUUUGUGCCGGUUGUAGAAGGGCCACGGUACUCUGCAGGAUCUGGACGUACAGACCCGAAAUUGUCUGCACAAUCCUUCUGCCAUGACAACCUCAUGAUGUGUCCUUAAUGUUAAUACUGGAAUCUUGCCACCUCCGCAGCUACUAAUGUGUGAUAAGUUGACCAAAUGCUUGCACAUUCCCAAUGUCUCAUCUUGUCCCUUGAAACAUUAGAAAUGUUAUACAACGUGCCUUACCUCUAUUUUGAGUGGACACUCCUUAUUUUUAGUCUUUUUCCACUGUAUUGUUUCGACCAUCACCGUGGUAUCAUCAGGUAUCCACUACCAUGUAGGAAUGUAUUUUAGAAUCAAA